GGGCUGCGCUGUUCGUGUUUCCGCAGCCCGCAUUAAUGUUAUCGUGUGUUGUGCAAAUGAUUUUAUUUUUAUGGCGCUGAUAUUACUUCAAGUGUUGUUGCUGGGAGUGCUCGCGGCUGCUGUCGACGAUGUUCCGGUCACGUGGUCAGCCAGUCCUCACAGCACUUUGCUACAAUGUGAGGUAGUGGAUAAGGCUCGCACGGUGUCGCGUAGGCCUCCGCCCCCGCCGCUCGAUAAUGAGCGGCCCAAACCGAAGUCCUAUCUGUGGAGGCGCGGUAAAGAAGGAUUCAGCGAAAGACGGGAACCGCUGAAUGUGUCUCAAGACCGCGAGGGCGACGGCCUGUACCAGUGCGGAGUAAAGUUCCACCAAGGAAUCGUCCUCGGUUAUCCUGUUAAUCUUAAAUUUCCAUUUAUAAAAGAUGAAUUUUCAUCCCAGCCUCAAGAUGUGGAGGCAUAUUUGAGACAGCCUCUGGUCAUCCCAUGCAGGAUUGACUCGGGGCCGCCUGCUAAUAUAGCUUGGUUCAGAAACGGACAAAGCUUACAGCUUAAUUAUAGAUACCAUUUGCUUAAGGAUGAACUACUUAUAACUGACGUGAGAGCUGAAGAUGCCGGAGUUUAUAGAUGUAUAGCAUCAAAUACAAUUUUAAAAAAGACAAUAACAAGUGCUGAAGGGGUCGUAACAGUUGUUCCAUCCACGAGUACGGCCAUUUCACUGUUACCACUGCACCAUGGGGACUAUUCUGCCCCACUCGGGGGUAGUCUGGUGCUACCCUGCCCAGUGAUUGGCUGGCCAAGACAGCAUGUUAUAUGGAAGUUAACCCCCCCUCUCGUCGGGGCUCGAACCAGCGAGCUGGAGAGCAGUGAGGAGGUUCUGCGUCUGAGCAAUCUCGGGGCGGACCAGAUCGGACUCUAUACUUGCUCCGUUGAGGGACGCUCAGACCUCGUCAAGACUUACAACGUGACCUACACGAUACCUGUGAAUAUAACACAUCCCCCAAUAUCUAAAGAGGUGAAGCGUGCGGGGACAGUCCGACUCAAUUGUACCGCCACGGGUUCGCCCAAACCCAAAAUCUAUUGGUACAAGGAUGGAGAACCACUGGUGUUGGCCAGCAGAUUCAAUCUGCGGACAUCUGCAGAUCACUCACUCAUUCAGUUGGUCAUCAGUGGGAUUACUUCUAAUGAUGCUGGCGUGUAUCAAUGCUUCGCGUUCAAUGGUAUCUCAAUGUCAUCUCAAUGGGCCGAGUUGACAGUAACGGGGCCGGCGGUCGCGGCCCCCGUGGCUCUAAAGUGUGCCCCCACAGGCCCCACAUCUGUCUCCCUCAGCUGGGGCACCCUGGAUAAGGUUACGGGAUACUAUAUUGUACAUUGGGAACCCACAGACAUGUCAGAAGAAUCCAAAACCGGUCAGCCGCUGACAAACUCCGACAUGACGGUCCCCGUAAAAGGACUCACCCCGUACAGGUUCCAGGUUCGACUCUUCUCCAUCGCAGUCAACAAUUAUAUGCCCAGCGACAUGUCCGAGGACGUCGUCUGUCAGGGACAAGGCGUUCCGGUGAGACUGCUGAAGCUCCAAGACAGCCAAGUGGGAGUUUCCUGGCGUCACUUUGCUGAGAGGAACCCCGGAGUGGUGCAGUGGAUCCUGCAGUACUCGCCCAACCACACCUUGCCUGAUACCAUUCAGAAUGUCACCCUCGAUGGCAGAGUGAACAACUAUACGCUAAACGUUGCAUCCUCCUCACUGUAUGUACGCGUGCUGGGAUCCCGAACCUGGGACUGGCUGCCACAGAACCUGUCCCUGGUGCCGUGGACGUCCACAGAUCAGGCGGGGAAGGACUUCGACGCCUGGCGGAUCGCCGUCCCCUACGGCCUGCGAGUCGUGGACGUGAUGGAGAGCAACCUGACCGUUUCUUGGCAAUGCGAGGGUGCCGAACGGUAUACGUUCCUUGUUUGUGUGCGGAAGUUGGAGGCCACUGAGGAUUGUCAGGAGAGUUUAAAAACAAAUGCGACAGUAGAGAACUUAGAGCCGGGCAGCGAGUACGAGGUGCGCGUUCAGGCGCGAAUUCCGGGCCGCGCACGCGCAAGUGUCUUCAGCGAACCGUACCAUGUCGUCACUGCUAGUCAGGGUUCGAAACUAUUCAGGAACUUAACGUACGCGUUCGUUAACUCGAGCGCAGUGCGUAUAACGUGGAGUGGCGACGCAUUCAACUACACAGUACGGUAUUCCGCGAGGCUCAAGGAGCCAAUCGAGCAAUGGCCGUUUGUUAAUACGAAUGCCAAUAGUGCCGUUAUAAGCGGCAUAGAGCCGACAGAAUCGACAUUUGUUGUCGUGUCAGGAUAUCAACCCUUGGCCCACAGUACCGUACUGAAUGUCCCACCGCAGAUGAAGGAUAUGCAAGCGAAAGACCUGGAGUACUCUUACAGCGGAAGCGAUGUACGCGUCUGGUGGCCGAAGGGGGCGAGUCGCGAAGUUCGAGUGUCCCAAAACGUCACACAGCCCAUCGACACCUGGAAGCUGUAUAGGGUCACAGACACCAGUAUCGAGAUCCAUGACUUGACACCUUCGCUGCCAGUUCACGUGUUGGUGGCAGAGGGAGGUCACAGCCAGAUGCUGAAUAUUCCCGCCAGACCAGCCGAUGGAAGCUUCGGCCACCAAUUGGGCAUCGGUUUGGGCGUUGGUUUUUGCCUGCUUUGCGUGUUUUGCGUGUUGAUCGCCAUUUUUGUUUGCGUCUGGAGGAAAAAGAAAAAUGCUAGGAACAGAAUGCCUACACGGAGUCGAGUCCAAACGACGCAAGGCGUGACCGAAGAAGCCGAAAUGAGGGCGGUGGGCGCGAGUGGGCCAAGGGGCAACGGCCGGGAGCCGCUGCUCAACGGACACGUGCACAUUAUUGACAAUCCUGCCACGAAAACCCCAAACGGAAAAGUGAAGAAAGCCCGUCGUUUCGACGCAUUCGACUCGUUCGACGUGUCUCGCGAACCCGAGCGAACGGCCGAAUGCUCGUUCGGCGGUCUCCUGGACACCUCCCGCCCCCCGCCCGACCUGAUCCCCUCUCGCUCCAACGGCUCCUUCAAACUCCCCGACGACAACAUGAACUCCGAACUGACCCACGGCACGUUUCAACUGGACAACAGCAAAAUCCAACCCACCCUUCAGCCCAACGGUUGAGAUCGCGCGACGCCCUUUGUUCAGAAUCACACAGGGGUAGGCGGCCCCCUAACCGGUCCCGGUUUUAACGAUAGGAGUUUUGUAUUUUAUUUCGAGGCUCAGGCUGAGUUUUGUUCCUAUUCCGACCGACGCACGCGCGUAUGCGUCCGACGACAAACGCGUGCGAGGGCCUCCGCGUCACACGAGCGUACAAAAUAACCAAACACACACAUGUACAUAUUUAUUUCCUUAAGCCUAAGAAGCUACAGUUCCCCCCCCCCCCCCCCCCAUACCCCUACAUUCCACGUAUGUUUAACGCACACCCGUUUAUCGAACACAAAUUCAUUAGAUAGAGUAAUAUUGCAACGAAACACUAUUACUAUUAUAUGACAAAUAGUCUAAUAAAUUGUUGAAUAUUGACGUGCGGAGGGCGUGGUCGGCGUUUCGGCCCCACCCUCUCGCUCGUGAGACUCAUCACCGUUCGUUAUUUAUUCCAUAUCACAAUGACGAUCUACCUCAUUUACUUGGUUAUAAGGUAUUUGUUAAGUUGGCCCAACGAUUCGGCAACAUUAUUUAUUUCAUAGUAUUAAGUCCACAGGAAUUACCUUCAACCCUUGCAACAAAUGUGUACGUUUGCGUUUACGUUUGCAGCCUAUUUUAUUAUUUACUCUGUGCUUAGAAAACGACUAGAGCGGUACCGUAUCGGCGAUGCUGUUCUGUGAAUUCAAGUCUAAAUAAACAGUUAUAAUGAUUCGGGACAGGAAAAACGGGGACUCAGCGAUAAGCUCGACUCGCAUACGUCAAAUCCGAUAGGCGUUUGACACGCCACACUUUGAGUGUGACGGAUAGAGGAUAUGGCAAUUAUUUUCUUUUAAAGGGUUGCAAACAAGCAAUAAAUUAUGCUCAUUACUAAGUGUCGAAUUAAAAUGUCUGUUUAUAACACGUACGUUUGUAAAUAUAAACUCAGUUUAAAUUUAAUCGCCGACUAUGUACCUGAUACUUCAAUUACAGUUAGUUUUAGAUUUAGUGUGAGCUCUUUAGGCUAGAAGUAUAACGUCGCUAGGUUUACACAGGGUCUAAGACGUCCGUGGUUUGUGGUCCGCGUUGGUUUUCGAAGGGAUUUUGCUGUUGUUUUGUUGCGUCGUUCUGUCCCCCUCGUGUCU